GGUGCAUAUGGAAAUGUUGUGUCCCUACCAGGGGAGUGCCGAGAUGUAAAUGGCAAGAAAGUGGAGCAAGAUGCUCAUUACGUCCCGCCCGGAUCGGAUACCUGUCGUUUAUGUUUAUGUGACAAUGGUCAUCCAAAGGCAUGCAAAGCAGUACUUUGCUCGCCUCCUCACGAUUGUAAAUCCUUUCAGAUUGGUAGCUCAUGCUGUGAGUUUAUUUGCUUGGAUGAUACAAUAGGCAACACUGCCGAUAAAACCUACGACGUCGGCAUGUGACUAGUAGCUACUGGAGUGAUCGUAACCUUUUCGUUGACCCUGCUAUUCUUCGUUAUCAGUCGCUUAAGACAUCGCAAAACUCGUGCUCAAGAAGGUCGCGAAGUGAUCGAUGAUCCAAACCAACGAAAUUUGGUUAACAAUGUCGGCUACAUGGGAGGUAGCAUUGGCUAUCUUGGUGGAGGCACGAUGAAUAUGGAUUAUUCGUACGUAGAUCAUGCUGUCGCUCCGCACUACCAACUUUGGAAACCACCUGGGGCGUAUUACACUAGGGGCGAAGCUCCACCGCCUUAUGAAGAGGCAAUAGCCAUCGCUCAUGCAGAAUCGCUAAGUUCAUGUACUGUAAGCGUCGCUACAUCCACGGGGCGAAAUUUUCCACUCGGAGUUGUGCAAGAUUCUGAUGCUGUACCAAACAUUACGGCAAACACUACGAAUUUAAUAAGCAUAAAUAUAAACGGUACUGGAACCGCUGCUAAUGUCACUGAGAUAGGCAGUGCGGAUAGUAGCAUGGGAGCACGGAGUGUGGCCACUAUCACCAAUGAUGAUCCGCCAUUCGUAACCUCCAGCAAUCGUGGUAGCGGCAUUAAUGGGCGCUCAACCGUUUUAAACGGAAGGGAUAGGCAUAAUGGUGAGACAAACGAUGACACAUCGAUGACCAUUUACAAUCAUCAUUCAUCAAAUCUGAUGCACCAAAAUGAUAUAAUUGAUGCAAAUGAUGGGAGCCUCUGUGAAAACGUUAAUUUAAGUAGCAAUCAUCAUUGCACGGGAAGCAAUCCGAUUUCGUUCAGCAGCGUGGGGUCCGAUUUGUGCAUGAAUUCCAGCUGCGAAUUAAACAUCAACGCUCAUCAAUGUAACUUUACGCAUCAUCAAGUAGCUGUUGCUGCUGUUAACAUUAGUUCGGGAGAGUUUGGUGAAGCAGGAGUGCAUAGAAUAGCCACAAAAGAGAAGCAUUGCUCUUCCAUCUUUCAUAAUCCAAACCGUCUAUCGGAUGGGCCUGACAAGUUCGUAGAUGCUAGUCAUCACCGCCAUUGUCAGCCAACGGUCGCUGGAAACUGUGCAGAGGAAAAUUCACAAUUACCAAUAUCUUCUCAAUCUCCAAUUUCACAAUCAUUGAUGCAAUCCGUCCCGGUACCAGCAAUGUUCAACGAUGAUAUGAUAAGCGACAGUAAGUUUAGCAACUAUUCGGAUAAACCUACUGAUGUGAUCAAAAAUCGAGUAACGGGGAAGAAAUAUCAUCGCACGAUUCCCCGCCAUUUCUCCGUUGUGGAUCCUAUAAUAAAUCCAAUCAAGACAAACUUUAUGGCAGCCGCAACAGCGACUACAGCGACAACACCUUCGGAAUCUGCAACAACAUUUGCGCCAAUGCAGCAAGACCGUACGCCGGGAGACAACCGAGACAAGCAAAGUUCGCAGCGAACGCCUGCGCCAGGGCCGGGAAAUAUUACACCAGCAUCAAACAUAAUUCUGACAACCGCAAGUGGUAAUGCAACAAUUAGUAAUCGAAAGAUUUGCCAAUGUCCAAUACAACACAAAGCCUUGUCGGGUUAUCAGUCCACAGCUCCUGGUAGGGCUUCGGGUCCGUCAUCUAUUUCUGGCGACGAUAGCUAUCGCAGCUUACGCACAUCAGCCGAUAUCAUGCAUAAUCGAGUCGAUCCUUCCAACAAACAAAUGUCUGGACAUGGUGAUCAGCUUCUAGUUGCGAGUAAAAGAAGUAAUGCAUUGGGUACGUUGAGAGACAGCUACGGAACGGAAAGAACUCCAACCAAAAGAGCAAAUGACAUGGAACUAAUGAAUCAACGGUACCAUGAAAAAGAACAUCGCAAAACGACUUCAUCGUUUGCUGACGGUGCUCCAGGUACUGGGGGAAAUAGAGUUAAGACCAAGCAGCAAAAUAACUAUCAACAUCGUUCUCAUUCAGAUCACAGCUCACAUAUUGGUGCACCGGAACGCAAAAUAGUCACGCAACUACCGUUGGAUGAGCUAAUGUCUACGCGCUUGACAAACCGGCCGGGAAUCGAAAACGAAGAGCGUUCACAUACUCUAAUAAAAAAAUCUUCACUGAACAUGAACAUGGAUGAAGCUGCCAGUGGUCCACAUAAUCCCAUUCUACCCCCAAAAGCGAAGAAGCAGCAACAGCACCAACAUCCCCACCAAAAUCAAGCAUUGAAUAAAACCAUUGGCACCGCUGCUGCUGGUACUGCUGCUGUAAGUCAGCAACAACUGCGCGAUAUUAAUUUAGGACAUCAAAAAAUCAUUUCCCUCUCGGAAAAGGUCAACGAUGCUAACAACUGUGGCGGCAACAAACUGCGGGAACUUCGAAAAUCGCCCAUCCACGUAAACCAUGACACUGGUGGAGUGCUUAAGGUAUGCAACAACAAUGGUUUGUCCAGUGGAUUUUCAAAUUCUCUACCAAGACACUCGUUCACUGCAGCGCGCAACUACGAAAGGAAGCAGCGCAAUGAUAGUUUGAUGUCGUACAACCUCAGUAAGGGCUCAAAAUCCAACAGGUCCGAAGUGGUAGACAACGGUUUAAUGCAAGAAAAAGUACUCUACGACAGUAACACGUUGCCGAAAAAUCUCCCCAACAACAAUGGACGCAAGACAAGCCUGGUUACGGAAGCGGUUAAUCAUAUACCCCCUAUCAUAAACAUACCAGUUGCAUCGCACAGCGCAAUGGCAUUUGGAAGAAGCUCAAAAUCGAACCACCAGCCAAGUUCCAAUACCAUUAAUCGGUCCGGUAGUGUCAACACUACAACAGCAGAACACAGCAAUCAUCCAACAGCAGCUGCACACGGUUCGGCGCAAAGCGCGAUAGAAGCCACCGUAAUGCCCACAAGCACAAACCAUGCUGCUGGAAACGGGAAUAGUGAUGAUGGAGGGACCAACAGUAAUCCAACCAGACAACCGAUUCUUCUGCCAUUGCCCGUGCUGAUGACGACGAUCACAAACUGUGCCAAUCCGCGGGAACAUAUCCUACCGAACGACAACAGUCUUGACGAGGACUAUCUAAGCGAAUGUGAAAAUUGUAAAUCUUCCGCUAACAAUAUGCGCUACUAUCUCGAUCUAGAAGAAGGUAGCAAAACCUGUGCUCCUAUACAAGAAACGAUGACACUGCAAAGGAAAAUACCGGACGCUGCGGAGGAAGAACAACAGAAUUACUAUCGUGUAUCUUCGACUUUGCCGACUAAUACCAGCAAACGCAAUGUGCCGGUUGUCAACAAGGAUCGAGUAGCAUGGUUUUCUACUAUACCGGCUAGUUCGUCGUCGGACGACGAAGAUGCAUGCGAAUGAAAUCACUAAAUCGUAAAUUAGCUCUACGAAACAUU